GCUUGCCGUCAUAUUUAAGUUCGCCUCUUUUUUUGCGGGCAGCGCGAAUGACAACGUCUUUGGUCUGAAACUUGUGAAAACAGAUGAUCACAGCUCUAGGUUUUUCCCCCUCUGCUGGUUUGGGUUUGAGUGUGCGAUGAGCUCUGUCGAGCUCUGGGGGCGAAGGAAGCACAUCUUUCCCCAACACAUCCACCAGAAAACUAGAGAAAAAAGACGUUGGCCAUGAACCCUCGACUGCUUCAGGCACACCAAUGAGACGUACGUUGCACCGUCUGCUUCUCCCCUCCAGGAACUCUUUGUGGAGCCCAGGUCCAUCAUCAUGUUCUCUUCAGUGACGGCCCACGCAUCUCUGCUCUGGUUGACGCUGUUCUUCUGCCCACUCACCGAAACCUUCAAGCCGCUAAUCUCUCGAGGCUCUCUCACACACCGUGACAUCACCCAGAGGGCCAUCUUCCGCAAGACUGGCCAAGUGUGCCGUGCAAUGGCCGCAGCCCAAGGCCAGGACUUCACCUUGCCUAUUGAUGAUAGGCUGACGGCAUACACCCUGCAGCAGGCAUGCUCCUCAGGGGGGUCCUCCUUCUUGUCGGGCUUUGCUUUCCAGAGAGCUGUGAUUAAGACCUACCUGAGCAAUGCGGCUGUGGACCUGAUUCGGAUUCUGAGCGCUCCGCACCACUUUGAUGACGAGAAAUUCGCUGAAGGGCGAGCCCUGGUGGCCCAGGGUGCCGCUGCCGUCAAGGCUGCCGUGAAGCAAGGGAGCUUCAUCUCUGCCAGAAUCAGCUUGGGUGCUGCCUGUCACACACUGCAGGUCCUGAUAGAGCCACCUGCAGGAGCUGCAUAAGAGGAAACUGCAAUGAUAACCUUCUACCUGAGAUCCUACAGGAGAAGAAACUCACAUCAGGCUACUUUAGCCUCUUGCCAUCAGCCAAGCCACCAGGAAAGUGCAGCCAUGGUGGUUCUUUUGACAAGACCAGUAAUCAGGAUCCAGUUGGUGGGAUUAACAAGGAUAGCAUCACAGCGAGCCAUGGGCACUUGCACCUGCGAGCAGCACAGGUGGCCAUCAACGCCACCAUGGAGCUCCUGGAGGACAUCAGACUGGCCACCGGGGACAAAGACUUCCUGCGGUUAGUGGGAGUGUCACAAUCAUCUGUGCUUUCUUUCGUGGUUGACACCACAGGCAGCAUGUCUGAUGAAAUUGCUGAGGUAAAGCGGGUCUCCUUCUCCAUCAUCGAUCUCAAACGUGGCACCCAGAAGGAACCCUCAGAGUACAUCCUGGUCCCGUUUAAUGACCCAGACUUCGGGCCACUGAUCAGGACAACUGAUGCAGAUAUUUUCAAGCAACACAUCAACGGGCUCAGUGCCUCGGGUGGAGGGGAUAUUCCUGAAAUGAGCUUAUCAGGACUACAGCUGGCGCUCACUGCAGCUCCCCCUUCCUCUGACAUCUUUCUCUUCACCGACGCUCCUGCCAAAGAUGUUACGCUGAAGAGCACUGUGACUGCACUGAUUGAGAGCACCAAGUCAAAGGUCACCUUCAUGCUCACUGAUCCUUCCCGCUCAGCACGUCGCCAUCAGCGCUCUGGGAGCCCAACGUCGAAUCGCUUAUCUGAGGCAGAUGCUCAGCUCUACCGGGACCUAGCACAGGCUUCAGGUGGCCAGGCCAUAGAGGUGUCCGAGUCCUCACUGCCUCAGGCCACUGUGAUCAUAGAGGACUCCUCAAGCCCUGCUCUGGUGACCCUGCUCCAGGCAGUGAGGACCCCGCUGAGGGCUGAGAACUUCUCCUUCCUGCUGGACGAGUUGGUGUCCAAUGUGACGCUGUACAUCACAGGGUCCUCACCUGCGUUUACUCUCUUCAGUCCCACAGGCGAGUCACAGAGUCAUGAGGUGUCAGAGGGACCUCUGGGUACGAUUCAGAGGGUGGGAAACCUACAGCGUAUGCAAGUCAAGACCCACAACCGCACAGGACUGUGGGAUAUCACCAUCAACUCCACAGCAACAUUUACUGUCAAAGUCACAGGUCAAAGUUCCAUCAACUUCUUGUUCAACUUUGUGGAGGCCUUUGGCGGAGCACAUGGAGAUUUUAGCCUAAAACAGAGUCGUCCAUCCGUUGGUAAGAACGCCACCCUCUUGAUGUCAGUAACAGGAAGUGAUUCAUUGAGGGUGACUGAGGUGGCUCUGGUGCCUGUCUCUGGAUCUGGGGCUGUAAAUGGAACCGUGGAGGCAUUAGGAGGUGAGGACUUCCUGGUAACGGUAGAUGAACUGCCAGUGGAAAACUUCAUCAUCCAUCUGAGGGGGGAAACCAGUGGGGCCUCCCGGUCCUCCCCCAUCCUCUUCCUUAGGCAGUCCUCUACACAGCUCAGGGCCUCCAGGGUGGCUGUGACGGCCUCAGUAAACAGCACUUUGGAACCAGGAGCGACCAUUACUGUGCCCUUCACAGUGGAAACCAACACCACAGCAGGUAACUAUACCAUCCGAGCGAGGAAUGAUCGUGGCUUCAACGUGACUUACCCGAGCAGUGUAACUCUGGAGGCUGGAGGCCGUGCUGAGGGCACAGUGUCGCUCACAGCUCCGUCAGACACCCCUUCAGGCACCGACGUCACGCUGACCAUCGAGGCAGAAGCUCCUGGAGCCACCGACUCCAACUAUGUUGUCAUUCGCUUUGCUGUCGCCACUAAGGUGACUGACUUCACCCGUCCUGUUUGCCAAGUGGACCUCACUGCCAACUGUCCACAAGACUGCAGCCAGGCUACGUGGCAGCUCUCUGCCAACCUGACUGAUGGCAAUGGGACAGGCAUUGUUCUUGUAACACUCCAGCAGGGCAAUGGCACCCUCAACACCAGCUCCUAUGGCGCAGGCAUCACUUUUGCGUCCUACAACGCCUCCUGCUGUUCUGAGGUGGUAGAACUGGUCAUGGUUGACGACGUGGGCAAUGCUGGUGUCUGCUCUGCCUCUAUUAGAGGCCUCUCCUCUGCUACCACCCCUCAGACUCCCACAGCCAACGCCACAGUGACGCAGAUAGCCACCACCCCUCAGACUCCCGUAGCCACCACCACAGUAACGCAGAUAGCCACCACCUCUCAAACUCCCAUAGCCACCACCUCCAGUGCUGGGCACUGCCUUAACCUCUCCAUCUGGCUGUGGCCCAUAGUUAUGCUCCCACUGCUUUAUCUCAAGGUCUAGAGGCCCAGAGCACAGGACAACAGGACUGAUGGCUAUAGUUAUGAGUCAGGCCUGGAGUGUAUACACUCUAUUAUAAACUAUGAAUGUGCAGUUCAUUUGGAGUCAUAAACCAGACCAGAUAUAAAUGUAUUCACGGGCUGCCGAUACUCUUGGGCUUCAAAUGGGGAUGAGGGCUCUUUAGCUAACUUUGUGUAUAAGCAACUGUAUCUCGGCUACAUCAGAUAACACUUACAAAUUAGAAUUAAUAAACUGCUAAGUAGUAUGUUUCUUUGGCAUUCAAUAAAGCAUUUGGUGUUUG